AUGUUCUAUUGUGUCCUUAUGGCAACUUUGGGGUCCUUUUCAGUCGGUUGGACCAUUGGCUCGCCAAACGUUCCGGGCGAGAUUACCCAUAAUUGUCCUACUGGCAAUGCUCAUAUCAACAAUCCACAGCUCCCAGACUGUUUACCCAUGGACACGACCCUCUGGGGUUUUGCUGUAUCAUCGUUUUGUGUGGGUGCUUUGAUAGCAGGCUUUUUUGGUGGCCAUAUCCAAACAAAAUUAGGUCGUAAGUUGGCAAUCCGGUAUAACACGAUUCCAUGGGUUAUCGGCUCCAUCUUAAUGGGUGCUGCAGCGCAUAAUGCCAUGUUUAUCAUUGGUCGUUUGAUUACGGGUUUUUCGUGUGGAUUGGGAUCGGUUUGCAUACCAACGUAUAUUGGCGAGACAUCCACAAUUCGUGCGCGUGGUGCCAUGGGAACUUGUCACCAGUUUUUUAUUGUCUCUGGUAUCUUGCUCGCAUCCGUUAUUGGCUUACCCACAUCCACUGUGCCCUUGUGGCGUCUAAACUUUGCAUUGGUGGGCAUCCCUGCUAUUGUGCAGUAUUUUCUUACUUACACCAUGGUCGAAUCGCCUCGCUGGCUCGUGUCUCAGAACCGCAUCGAUGAAGCACGCUACUCGCUCGCGCGCUUGCGCGGUAAAAAGGCUAACAUUGAUGGCGAGUUUUAUGAAAUCGUCGAGUCGCAAUUGGGCUCUGCUGCAGCUGCCUCGGUGGCUCACAGCCCAGACAACACCAUGAAGCCUAUUACCCAAGCACAACGCGCCGAAGGCGAGGACGAAGAGGAUGCACUCAGACCAACGCACGACGAUGACGCAGUUGGCCCAUUCUCUGACGAAGCGAGCGAACAAGUCAAUCGCCAAGACGCAUUGAAUCAUAUCCAAGUAUUCAAGGAUCCAUUGAUUCGUCACGUUACGCUUAUCAUUCUGUUCUUGCACUUUAUGCAACAGUGGAUUGGUAUGAAUGCAGUCAUCUUUUAUUCGACGACCAUUUAUGCCGAGGCCUUUGACCAGAGCAUGUCGCAAUAUAUGGCGAUUGCUACAACAGGCGUCAACUUUGUUGCCACGCUGCUUUCGGUGCUGUUAGUGGAUCGCAUGGGCCGCAGGGCACUACUUUUGAUUGCUGAGUUUGGUUGUACCCUCUUUUCAAUGCUGCUGGUGAUUGGCUACGCUCUCCAUAUUCCUGCAUUGCUUGUCGUUUCCGUGUUCCUCUACGUCGCGUCGUUUGCCGUUGGUGUUGGUCCCAUUCCCUGGAUGAUUACAUCUGAACUGACGCCGACAUAUGCCAACUCAGCCGUGAGUUCACUUGCAACUGCCAUGAACUGGUCAAUGAACUUUGUUAUUGGUCUGGUGUUCCCUCUUAUCUUUGAGAAAAUUGCAGGCUACACUUUCUGUAUCUUUAUCGGCGUUGGUAUCGUCGCUAUGUUUGUUACGGCCAUAUUUCUGCCAGAGACGUAA